AUGCUGGGAACUGGUGUACAGAACACAACUGACCCUUUUGUAAGGACAUUCAUUCUAUUAAGACUCUCAGAUGUUUUCAGUCUUCAAAUAAUCUUCCUCUUGAUGUUCUCAGUGAUGUAUUUGAUGAUAUUGUCUGGAAACCUUCUAAUAAUCAUUGUUGUGAGACUUAAUGCAAGACUUCAGACUCCCAUGUACUUUUUCUUGAGUAACCUCUCUGUCAUUGAUAUUUGCUUUUCGUCAACAGUUGUUCCCAAAAUUUUGGUAAACACCAUAUCUAAGGACCACAGUAUUAGCUUUGUGGGAUGUGCAACCCAAAUGUACUUCCACUUAGCCCUGGGAGGUGUGGAGUGCUUACUGCUGGCAGUCAUGGCCUAUGACAGGUACACCGCCAUCUGUAAACCGUUACAAUAUAACCUUAUUAUGGACAAAAAACUCUGCACAGGUUUAGUGGUUGGAUGUUGGAUUGUGAGUUUUACAAACUCUUUAAUCUUGACAACAUUCACCUUCCAGUUGCCAUAUUGCAAAUCAAACCUCAUCAGCCACUUCUUCUGUGAGAUGCCACCUCUUCUUCGUCUCUCCUGCAGAGAUAUCUGGUUUAAUGAAUUAGCAGAGUAUAUCUCAGGAGCGAUUGUUGCUCUUGGUUCCUUCACACUCAUUCUCGUGUCCUACCUUUGGAUCACACUGACUGUCCUAAAAUUUCAUACCACCAAAGACAAACUAAAAGCGUUUUCCACCUGUGCUUCACACAUAGCUGUUGUGACUCUUUACUAUGGAACCAUCAUGUUCAUGCAUUUGCACCCCAGAUCAUCUUCUUCUGCAGAGCAAGACAGAGUAGUGACUAUUCUCUAUACCGUGGUGACACCUAUGCUCAAUCCCAUCAUAUACAGUAUCAGAAACAAGGAUAUCAAAGAAGCCAUCAAAAAGACUUUAUGUUUUGUUGUAUAA